AUGGCGAAUGCCAGCACAAACCUCACCGGUGCCGCGCGCGAGGUGCAGGUGCUCAAGAUCGACGGCUACAACGCGAGCAAGUCCAUGUGCACUGCGAAGAAGGGCUACAGGGACGACGGUUUCAUCGAAUCCAGAUGGAACGUUGGUGGGUACGAAUGGGAGGUACGCAUGUAUCCAAGGUUUCGGAUUUCGUUUUGCAAAAUUUACCGGGCCUGGGCGAAAUGGGCGAAAUUCGCAUGCGGACGUGCAACUCCAUUGCUUGCGUCCGGAGCCGUGGCGUUGCCUGAGCCCAGCCCCAUCAUCGGCGGCGUGUGGCUGCGCUCCAUGCUGCUGCCGCCGUCAACCCGGUCGCCGCCUGAGCCCCGAUUCUCCCGCAACGAUCGCGUGCGGUCGCGCUCCAUGGUGGAGGUGCCACUACCGAACCAGUCAAUGGCUGAACGACCGCCGUUGAGGAAGCCUUCACGUUCCAUGGCCGUGGAUGGGAGGGAGUGGACGGAGGAGAAGGUUGGGGAGUGGCGGAUGCUUGGGGAGAAGGAUGGCUACGGGCGGAGGCGGCGCUGCCCCCGCCUCACUCUCUUGGUUGCCUGCAGCCGCCGCACAAAUGAGAGGCAAAUUUCGGGCCCAAACGAAAUGGACGAAUUUCGGACGAAAUUCGAUUUUUCGGGCCGAAAUUCGAAACCUUGCAUGUAUCCUGCGACGGUGAUAUUCGGUAACGGCUACGGCGAGCCUCUGUUUCCCAAGUCUUCCAAACCAUUAUCUGUUCGUGAAAAAAUUGACUGGGGCUACGACGCAAGGUGGCUUGCGCUGAAGCUCGUCAUCCUCGGAAAACCCGGGGUGAGGGCAGCUCUGGGCUGCCGGCUGGUGGACCCGAGAGGCCUACUCGAACCAUCUGAAGAGAAGAGCGUGUCAACGUACUUCGGGAGCUGCAAUUCUUGCACGGAUGCAAUCCUGCUCAUCGAAACACGAGAUCUGGCAGCGUCGGGUUAUCUCAGGGGCGAUUCGUUGUCUGUGGAAUGCAGCGUCACGGUUCUGAGGGAGUUGCCGGUACCGACUAUUCCAUUCCCAGCUAAAGAAGCGAUCGUUCCACCAUCCACCAACUUGCACCUGCACUUCGGGGAACUCUUACAGAGCGGGACCGGAGCGGACGUCACGUUUAUCGUGUGUGGCGAAUCUUUUGCGGCGCACAAGCUCAUACUCUCUGCAAGGUCUCCUGUCUUCAUGGUGGAAUUCUUUGGGGAUAUGAAGGAGAAGACCUCGCAGAGCGUGGAGAUCCAGGACAUGGAGGCGACCGUGUUCAAGACACUGCUUCAUUUCAUCUACACAGACACGGUCCCUGAACUGGAAAAGGAGCAGGAGGAGUCAACGGUGAUGGCUCAGCAUCUCCUUGCUGCCGCUGACAGGUACGGCCUCGACAGGCUCAAGCUGAUCUGCGAGGCCAAGCUCUCUCGUGCCGUCGCUGUCGACACGGCAGCGACAACUCUGGCGUUAGCUGAGCAGCACAAUUGUUUGCAGCUGAAGGGUAAGUGUGUUGAGUUCAUCCUCAGCAGUCCGGCGAUUCUAGAUGCUGUUCUUUUGACGGAGGGGUAUAAACACCUGGCGGCAAGCUGCCCUCUAGUGCUGGCCGAUCUUCUCAAGUCCGCACAUAUGGGAGAAAGUGUUGAGGCGUAG